CACCCAAGGAUAACCAUUCAUUCAUAACUUUACCACCACAGACUGGUUUUGCUGGGUUCUCACCUUACGUGAAGAUUAUAUUGUAUUUUAGUUGUUAUGGACCAGACAACCAAUCACACAUUGUCCAAAAUCCAAAAGGAACAGAGCGGUGCAAAUAAAAUCUUCACACCUGGUGGACACCUGCUCCCCCGCCUGAAGUACGUGGUCGGUGUAGAGAGGAGGGCUCCGCUGGCUUUUCUUCCCGGAUUGGGGCACAGAUGUCCCGUGCUGCUUCAUUGCACUGCUAACCUCUCUUGGACACUUUUCCACACUGUUACUUAAAGAGCUUCCUUGGUGCUCUUCCUGGCUGCGGAGGAUUCCGUAGUGUGUACCGGCCGUGACGUAGGCGGGCAGGACCUCAGCCGCAGAUGUUCAGGUUGAUUUCUCUUCCUUCGCUCCGGGGAAGAGUCCCAUGAUUUGUAACCUAGGUCUGGUGGUGAAUAACCUGGUGUCAUCUCUCUUGUGUGUCUGCGAGGCCAACACUCAGGAGCAAGUUUUCUGGGUCACAGGGUUCAUAUAACUCCGGUUUUGAGAAAUGUGGCCCCACGUGCUUCCCUCGGGGUUGUCGCAAUCCACACCCCUCCCGGCGGGCUGGGGAAAUCCUUCUUGCUCCAGAGAACCCUGAUCUGACCUUGACCCUCCUGCCUCCUGAAGACUCAAGGGAUUGGAAGUGAGACUGAGCACCGCAGUGGGAGGGAACCACAGGGAAAAGUCCUGGCGGGGCAACACGACCUGGCCGAGGCUGGAGGGGUUCUCAGCGCCUUGCGGGAGCGGGGUCACCUUUUUUAGUCCUGAGGACAGAAGCAGCCACGCGGGAGGGUGCGGGCUGGGACAGGGGAGCGGCAGAAUGCACUUUGUGUUUUCCGACUGUUUUCUCUCCCUCUCUCUCUGGUGGCCGCUUCCUUGGUGAGAAUUCUGCACUCCGCCAAGAUAGAUCAGGUUCCCUAGAAAUCCCAGCACUGAUCACGGUUGUAAUUAGGUGAUUAGCUCAUUCAGUGUGAUACUGUUUUUGUGGGAGACGCCGUGCCGUUUUGUUCUUAGAGAAAAUUCACAUAGCAUAAAACUCCCUGUUGUAAGCAUCCAUGGGUUUUUACGUUUUAGAUAGUUGCCCAUAGAAAACAUUUUUCUGCGGUAGAUGUGUUUGAGAGAACCCCCUACACGCCUGUGUGUGCUCACCACCCCGCCUUCACACCUCCCCUAUGUUAACCCUUUGUCCUUCCACUGGGCCAGCAGUGUCUCCUGUGUCCCAGAUAAAUUAAGGAGAGCAAACGAGUGAGAACGCAGAGGGGAUGAGAGCUGUGCGUGGAAGCCUGGCCAGAGCCCUCUAGUUGUGCAGCAACUUGGGGACCCAAGGACUCAAGCUCUCAAGGCCCAAGGACUCCUGGGGACAUGGCUGGGACAUGCUGAGAGUUGGGGAGGCAGGGCCUCAGGUGCUAGAGAGAAGCCACUCUGACUGGGAGACUUGCUGUCCUCUAGUCCUGCAGGACCUCAGGCAAAUUGGGGACCCCUCUGGGUCUCUGUGGACCACCCCCCCAAGAAGGGCUGCUGGGCAGAUGGCUCCACCAGCCCCGCCCCUUCCUUCUCUCUCUCCCUCUAAAGUUCAUGUAAUGAAAUUUACCAUUUCCGCCAUUUUUAAACGCAGCAUGAAGUGGCCAUUACAAACACUGAUGACAUUGCGUAACUGGCCAGCACCUAGUUCCAGAAUGUGUUCAUCACCCCAGAUGGAAACUGAACGCCUCAGGGGGUCAGUCCUGGUCGCUCCCUGCCCCCAGCAGCCACCAGUCUGCUUCCUGCCUCGGGCUUGAUGCCUGCGGACAGUUCAUAUACACGGGCUCGCACAGUGUGGGGCCUUCAGCGACUGGCCCCUCUCCCAGAGCGCAGCGAUUCCGAGGUUCAUGCAUGAUGUCCCACAGAGCAGCACUCCGUUCCUUUCUAUGGGGGGAUAACAUUCCUCUGUGAGGGACCCCAGCCUUCCUGUCUAGGACCUGUAGGGGUUGUGCAGCCUGGGCAUUGCACAUAGGGGUAAACUGAGUUUCAGAGGCCGAGUGGGAGGAGUCCAACCUGAAGGAACUCAGCUCCAGGCUCUUUUGUCCUCAGGAAUCAAAUCAGCUUGCUGUUAGCUGCUGGGGGCCCUUGGAUGGGUCCCUUCAGGCCUCAGUUUCUCCCCCGAGUGCUGGGCGAGGAUCGCAGUUGCAGCCUGCAAUGUGGCAGGAGAGAGGGUGACCUUGAGGAAGGAGAAGGCUUCCCAGGGCCCUGGGACAGUGAGGCUGGGAGCACCGGGGCGAUCAAGGUCAGAGAAGGUUUUUUGGAAUGUGAUCUCACGGCUGAGUAGGACACACUAAGAAAGAAACGGAUUCCAGGGACCGGGAACCGCAGAUACAGUGGCCUGCAGGUGGGAGGACGAUGGUUUCCAAAGCCCCGUGUGGGACCCUCAAGGGUCUAUGUACAGGGACGCUGGGUGUGCAGAGAAGCCCCUGGCCCAUCUGACCCUGUUCCCUCAGCACCUCUGCCCAACCCCAGGACAUGGCGGCUGUGGGGCCCAACCUGGGCCGAGUCCUCCCCGGAUCAUCCAUCCUAUUCCUGUGCGACAUGCAGGAGAAGUUCCGCCAUAUUGCAUACUUCCCCCAGAUUGUCUCUGUGGCUGCCCGCAUGCUCAAGGUGGCCAGGCUCCUGGAGGUGCCUGCUGUACUGACAGAGCAGUAUCCAGUAGGCCUGGGCCCCACGGUGCCUGAGCUGGGGGCUGGAGGCCUGCGGCCAGUGGCCAAAACUUGCUUCAGCAUGGUCCCCGCAGUGCGGCAGGAGCUGGACACCCGGCCCCAGCUGCGUUCUGUGCUCCUCUGUGGCAUCGAGACACACGCCUGCAUCCUGAACACAGCCUUGGACCUCCUGGAUCGCGGGCUGCAGGUCCACGUGGUGGUGGACGCCUGCUCCUCUCGCAACCAGGUGGACAGGCUGGUGGCACUGGCCCGGAUGCGGCAGAGUGGGGCCUUCCUCUCCACCAGCGAAGGGCUGAUUCUGCAGCUCGUGGGAGACGCUGCCCACCCCCGGUUUAAGGAGAUCCAGAAGAUCAUCAAGGAGCCUGCCCAGGACAGCGGGCUGCUGGGCGUCUUCCAAGGCCCCAACCCCCUCUUCCGCUGAACUCCUCACCCCAAGACCACCCUCCUGUCAGCGGGACCUCAGUGGAAUCGCUUCGCCCCCAUCCUUGGCUCCCAAGAGUGGUGCAGUCCACCGGGAGUACCACCUCCUCUGGAGGGGAGGUGGAGCGCUACCUUGCCAUUGGACCAAAGCGCCCGGAAAUGCAAAUAAGACUCCUGGAAGCUGGGUGGCGGUUGGCUGAGCUGAGCUGGGGGUGGGGCUAGGCCCCGGGCCACUUCACGGGGUGGGGAGGGGCAGGGGAGGGAGUGU